AUGCUUCAACACGGAUCGCAAGACUGCCGUGGGAACAUCACUGCGCUCAGUCACGACGGUCGGGGCUCCGGCAGCGGGUUCGCCUGGUUGUCACUCCGGGGAUUGACCGUCUUCAGCUGCUACUGUAGGCCCGGGGCCUCGCUGCCGGAGUAUCAACUGUUCCUGGGUGACCUUGAGGCGGCGAUCCGUGCUAGAGAGGACUCAUCGAUCGUUCUGGUCGCCUGGAACGUGGAGUGGGGUUCAAGAACCAACAACCUCAGGGGCGCAACGCUGUCUGAUCUCGCCACAAAUCUGGGGCUGACCCUGGCCAACUUGGGCACCUCUCCUACCUUCGUGAGAGGGGGAACCACAUCAAUUAUAGAUCUCACGUUCUAUCGAGGCGUGGAUCUCAUAGGCUGGCAGGUACCCGACCUGGAGACAUUGAGCGACCAUAACUACGUCUGUUUCAACACGGCCGACCUGGCCCAGGCCCCGGUCUGUGCCGAUAUACCCGCUAACAUCUCCCCCGGCUGGUCUACCAAGAAGCUCGACCCAGACGCUCUGUGUCGUCAUCUGAGCACCACGCAUCUAGGAGCUACCGUCGAUGCCGCUUGUGCUGAGACAGCGCUGUCUUCGGCUGAAUCACUUGACGUGUUUCUGUUCGGCGCCUGCGAAGCUUCCAUGUCCAGGAAGAGAAAUGGCCCUGAGGGCAGUCGGCCGGUGUUCUGGUGGUCGGAUAAGAUCGCCGAUCUGCGGCGCCAGUCCCUUGCCCUCCGUAGGCGAUACCAAGCCUGUAUCAGACGCGUCAGCCAGCCUGGAGUCCAAGAUGCUAGGUUUUCCUACAUCGCCGCCAAGAGAAAGCUUCUUAUAGCCAUCCGGGAGGCGAAAAACAAGUGCUGGGCUGACUUGUGCGCUCAGGUUGACACUGACCCCUGGGCAGACCCUAUAAGCUUGUGA